UAAAUCCUCGAUAAAACUUCUCAACUAUAUCUAUGGCGCCAUUUAUUGACCCUGGAGAGCCCAAGGAGUCGCCCAAACCACAGCCACUGGGUAACUUCGCUGUCUUGUUUCUGUUCACUACAUGCACAGUCUGCAUCCUCUUCUUGCUGUGGCGGCAGGCGUCCUCGCUCAGAACUGUAGUCGCGCACCAGGGGGCAUCCGUCUGUCUACGGACGACGGCCCCCCGGCAAGAGAGUUUAUAGACGAAGACAACGAUGACGAUGAUGAUACAUCAUAUGAUGACGAGCCGCUUCCCACUGCGCCGUCGGCGCCGUUCGGGAGACAGAUACCACCUGCACUAGACGGCCAUGCUAGAGCGGAAGACGUGCCCUUGCAGAACCCUUUACCUGUGCCGCCGAAGCCUUAGUCAGCAUGCCUUCUGACCUGGUGUGUUCUCCGUCAAGCCUCUAUGUCCCUCCCUCGUAACUUGCUUUGAGCAUCCUGUAAUGACCUGCUAUUGCUCCAUAAUAAAUCUCUAGGCACCGCUGUCAAAUUCAUCAGACUUCCUUUGAUGAUAACUGUGGAAGGGCUUCGGUCAUAGCCCUCCUCGGUCG